AUGGUUACAGUGCAUAACAGAUUUGCUGAAUUAUCCACCAACAGGGAUACUGUUACAGAGCAAUAUGGCAAGAUUGUGCAAUCAAAUGAGGAAGUGGCAGCAAAACUGAUACCAAUAAAGAAGAGGAUGAAACAAAGAAAGUUAGCUGAUGAUCCUAGGUUAGAAAAAGCAUGCAGUGAAUUAGAAGUGGCAUUCAGCAACUAUCAAAAAACUGCCAACAACGAUACUAAACAAACUUUCCAAAGAAAGAAAGAGGAUCUAAAACAGGUGUACCAAGAGAAACUGGAUGAAAUGAUCUCCCAGGUCGAAAAUGCAGACACAAAGUGUAAGCACAGAGAAAGUUGGAGGUUGAUUAACUCCAUCAAGCAGGGAAUCAUCAAAGGGAAAUCAAAGGACGAGGGAAUCAAAAAGUGGUCCACUCAUUUCUACGAAUUACUUGGGAAGGAACUAGAAGUUGACAGUGAAACAGAAAAUGAAGAAUUAGCAAAGAUACUUGACGGUUUGCAAAUUGAAGAUGGAGACUUCACAAAACAAGAAAUAGAAAGAGCUACAAGUAACCUGAAAGAAGGAAAACAAACUGGUCCUGACAACAUCCCACCAGAAGUACUAAAAAUAUGUGAUUUAGACAACAUUAUCCUUGAAUUUGCGAACAAACUACUAAAUGACAAUGUGAAGCCAGAACAAUGGUCUAAGAUAGACUCGCUACCACUGCCCAAAACUGGAGACCUGAGUGAUACUGGGAAUUACAGAGGGAUCAGUCUGUCUACCAUUGUUGCAAAAAUGGACAACAAGAUGAUACUUAACUGA